AUGUUAGAAAUGCAAAAUCUUGCUUUUGGCAUUCGUAAGGAAAAAUGUAAUUUCUAACCACAAAAACAAAUAAAUAAUAAAAUCCAAAUAAUUCCUUAAAUUAAAAUUAGUUUAAGAGGGGGAGGCUGCAACAAUACUAAAUAACUUAGAUAAGAAAAUAUUAUUUAAUAGCUAUUAAUAUUAUUGAAUCAAAUAAAAGAGAAAUUAAAAGUAUCUUAAUACUAUUAAUCGUAUCAAUUGAUGAAAGAUUGUCUUAAUAAAAUAUAACACGUAUAUUUGAAUUCGUUUGAUAAUUAUAUUUUUAUAGAAAAAUAUAUAUAUGAGAACUAAUUCAAAGAGAUAAUACAAAAGGCAAAUGAUGAAAUUUUAAAGUAGUAAAGUUCUCGAUGGAUUGAUGGUCUGUAUAACUAUUUAGAAUUGAUUGAUAUUUCCUUGAAAAGUUUAUCAAGAGAUUCGUUUUUUAAUAAGAGAAUAAGUAUCAUAAAAAUAUUUAUUGAAAUUUUGUAAAAAAUAUAUGAUAAAAAUGUUAUUAAAUAGUUUAUUGAGGCAGCAAAAUUUUUGCUAAUUGAUGUUUAAUGUAGAUAUUAUACUUAAUUUCAAAAGUAUGAAACUUUUUUUUUUUUUCAGACAUUGAGUUAUAUAGUCAAAAAAUAAAUUGAAGCUAGAUUAACGAUUGAAUUCUGUACUUAUUUUUAAACAAUCUAAGAAUAAUUUAUCCUAAAUUCAAUAAAUUGGACUCUUCAUAAUUAUUGGAUAGAGUUUUAAGUUGAUCUUUGUCUCUUUUGCAAUAAAUAUUUGUUAAAAAACAAAAACUUAAAAUUAAAAAGUUUAGAAGAAGUAUAAAAAAUUGUCAAUUUUUUUAUGAAAGUCCCCAAUGAAAAUGGAAGAGCAUAAUUUAAAUUAUAUGAACAUAUCAAAAAUUUUCAGUUUAAUAAUGAUUUUAAGUUUAAAUUAGAAAACAGUUGGAUAAAUGAUAUUGAUAAUUCUGGAUUUCAUCGAUUAAAAAGAAUAUUAAGUGUUUUAUCCAAUUAAGUUAAUGAAAUAGAAACUAAAUAUGUGGAGUUUUAAUAAUCAAAGAAAAGUUCUUUAAUUGAUCAAAUAUAUAAUUACUUUCAAGGAACCUAAAUUUGCUUAUUAGAAAUAGCAUAAUAGCUUUCCAUAGAAGAAGAAAAAUGUUAAUUAUAUUAUGAACAAAAUUAAUUAUAAAUUCUAUUAAAAACUUAUUAGAAAAUAGAUUACAUUUAAAUUCUCAAAUAUUAUUGUUAAAAUACUUGUUAAUCUUAAGAUUUAUAAGGAAUUGAAAAUAGAACUGAUUUGAAAGAGCAAAUUUAAUUACUAAAUUAAAUAAUAGAAAUCGUUUCAGCUUUUAUUAUGUAAGUAAUACAAUAAAAAUUGAAAGUAUUACCAUAAGAAAAUCUACAAUCACAGAAUUUUAUAUCACAUUCUUUUUAAUCAUUCAAAAUAGAGAAUAAAAAAUAGGAUGGAUUAUAUUUUUCAAUUAAAUUGUAUCUUUAAUUACUAACACAUGCUUUAUAAAUGCAAAAUAUUUAUCAAUAAAAAUUGUUUUAAAUAAAAUAUUUUUUUGAUUUGGAUUAAAAAUACUAAGAAAAUUAAUUACCAAAUAAUUUAAUUUAGGAGAAAAUAAAUAAUUGUAAAUCAUAAAUGAGUAAAAAGUUAACUCGUAUGAAAUAGAAUUUUGAAUAAGAUUUUCCGAUUGUUAGAUAAUAAUUAAUUAAAAAAGUAGAGAAAGUUCUCAGUUUUUGCUAAUUUUUCGUAAAUGAUGACGAAGUUAGAAAGACUAUUCAUAAAAACUUUAAAGAAAUUAGAAGUUAUUUAUAAUAAUCAUUUGUAAGUGAAGAUGAUGUUGAAAAAAAAAAUGACAAAAUUUACAAUUUAUUUAAUGAAAUUUAGUAAGAGUUAGAUAAAACUGAUUAUAUUUCGUUUCCAAAUUUAAAAACAGAAGAAUUAAAACAAAAAAUUUAAAAAUCUUAAAAUAUCUAAGAAGAAAUUAUGUAAAACUCAGAAACUUUAAAUGAAUGUUAUAAAAAGUUAUAAAAGUCUGAAUUAAAUGAAGAGUAAGUUAACUAAAUAUUUAAUCCUAUCGAAUAAAAGUUUAAUUUUAAUAUUUUGAAUUUAAUAAUCAAAGGAGAAGAUUUAUUUCAAUAAAAAGAAAAUUCCUAAUUAUUAGAUUACUUCUAUUCUAGCAUAAGUAAUUGGUAGCUAGAAUUCAAAAUUAAAGAUAUCAAUUAUAAAUUAGUAUAUGAACAAAUUGAAUAAAUUAUUGAUCAAGAAUAAAAGGUUUCUUAACAUGUUCAAUAAAGCAUGAGGUUUUAUUAAGAAUAUUUUAAAUAUUCAAAUUUAGAUAUUAAAUAUACAGAAUAAACUGAGUAAAUAUUGAGUCGAGAAAUUGAAAUUGCAGAAAGAUAAAAAAAAUAAUUAAUUCCCUUUAAUUAAGGAUAAUUAGAAAAUGACUAUGAAAAUGAUAUAAUAUUUAAAAAAGAUUAAUUUUUUAAUUAAUUUGAAGAAAUAAUAAAAAUAAAAAAAAAUAUGACUAAUAUUAAUGUUGGAUUAAGAGUUAAAGAAAUAAUUAAAGAUUAAAUUAUUAAAAAGGGAGAAACAAAGUAAUUAUUAAUAGAAUUUGAAUAUAAAAAUAACCCAGAGCAAUAUUUAUAAGCAGAAAUAAAUAAAUUUAUUUGGUGUCAAAAUAAUCCAAAUGUUAUGAUGUUAAUUUUUGGAAGAAAAGGAUCUGGCAAAACAAAAUCUAUGAAAAGACUUGAAAAAUUGUUAUGGAAUCUAUAUAAAGCAUGCCCAUUAAAUCCUAAUUGGAUUCCUAUUUAUAUUGAUCUUUCUAAAUUAAGAAAUCCUUCAGAGUUAACUUUAAAAAAAGCAAUUAAAGAAUAUUUUUAAUGUUUGAAUUAAGUAACCAAUUUUUUGAAAGAAAUUUUGUAAGGUAAGGUAAAUGUUGUAUUAAUAUUGGAUGGUUGUGAUUAGAAAGAUAUUUGCAAAGCAAUAUAUGAGAAUAAUCAAUUUUAAUUUAAAAUAUGUAAUUACGCAAAUAAUAAUAAAAUCAGUUUAAAAAUAAUAAUGACUAUAAAACAGGAUUGUCUAAAUUUUGAAACUUUAAAUUCUGAAUUAAAUUUUAAAAAUACUUAAAUUCUAGAAAUUUAGCCCUUUGAUUAUAAUUAAUAGCUAGAAUAUAUUAAAUAAUAUUAAAAAGAUUAAUUAAAAUAAAAAAUAUAAAAAAUAGUUGAUCCUCAAUCCAAUUAAAUACUAGAAUAAAUUGAUUAAAUUUUACUGUAAAUAGAUCAAAGUUUUGUUAUUAAUUUAGAAGAAGUUAAGAUCAUUUUAAAUUAAAACUUAAUAAACAUUUUAGAUCUACUUAAAAAAAAUUAAUUAAAAAUAAACCUAAUAGAAGAGGAAUUUAACAAAAUCAAUUAUUUUUUAGAAAAUAUCAUAAUGAAGAAUUUGAAAGAUAUUUUAAUUACUCCUAAAAUGAUUGAAAUUGCAAUUAAUAAAUUAGAAGAAUAGUAUUUAAAUGUGAAUUCAAAAAAAAUAAUAGAAUAAUUUAAAACUAAAUUUAUAGAAUUAAAAGAAAAAAGUUUAGGCAAAAAUUAAUACUAAAAUGAAUUGGAAGAAAUGCUAAACUAAUUAAAUAAAACGAAAUUUUUUGAAAUAUACCAUCCAUUUGAUACUUUAAAGCUUGAGAAAAUAAAUUCAAUAAAAUUAAAAGAUGAAAUAUUUAGGCUUAAUGAAGAUGCAGAUUUAGUAAUAUUAGCACUUGAUUAAAUAAAAUUAUCGAGAUAUAAGAUUUUAGAUUCAUUCAUAAUUGAAUAUUAUUAAUAUUUAAAUUAAGAUAAAGAGAAAGGUUUAAAUAAUAAUUAGGAAUCGAAAUGUAAAGAUAAAAUCAUUAAUUAUUAUAUGAUAGAUGAUACUCUGGAAUAAUAAUGUCUUAAAGACUAUUUUUUUGCUAAAAGAAUUUUAGAAUUAUUAUAAAUAGAUGAAUAAAAAUAAAUGCAACCUGAGAAUUUUAAAAAUUAAGAAUUUAAUUUGUCCAGUUAGGAUAAUGAAGGUACUGUUGAAUUGUUAAUUGAUGAAUUAAAAUAAAUAAAGCACAUUAAUUAGCAUCUUAUUAGAAUAAUAAAGUUAUCAAAAUAUAAUGAAGAAUUUAAAAGAUCAUCAUCAAAUGCAUUAUAUUUACUAUAUAAAUUGGGAGUAGCUUUAGACUAAGAGGAUUUUGAAGGUAUCAUAAUAGAAGAUAUUAAUAUAUAAGGAUUGAGUUUAAUGAAUUGUAAUUUAAAGAAUUCUAAAGUAAAUAAUCUUAAUAUAGAUUACUGUAAUCUAAAUUAUGUAAAUUUAAAUGGAGCAGAUUGGGAAAAUAUAGUUUGUUCUGAAAUUCCAACAAUAUUUGAAGAAGAGUAAAUCAAUCAAGUAAUUAUCUUUAAUAAUGACAAAUAAUUGGCAGUUUUAAAAUAUAAUAGCAUAAGUAUUUGGGAUAUUUUGACUUGCGAAAAAAAAUGUACAGAUUUGCAGCAUUUUUUAAAGAGAAAUUAUAAAUAGAUGUAAAUUUCAAAUGAUGAAAGUAAACUAUUUGCAUUAACUAAUUUGGAGAUAGAUGUAUGGAGUUUAUCGAAUUAUUAAAUGAAAACAACAAAACCAUUAUUAUAAGGUAAGAGUAUUUAUUUUAGCUUAUCACCAAAUAAUAAUUUAUUAGCAUGUAGCCUUGAAGAUUCAAGUUUAUUAUUAUUUCGAUUGGCUGAGAGAGAGAAGUUUAAUUUUAAACUUGAACUAAAAGUUAAUUAAUUAGCUUUUAAUGAUACUUCUGAUCUUUUAAUUUUUAGAGUAAAUAAACAUAUUUAUUUUUGUACAAUUGAGUAAGAAUUAAUUCCAGUUAAACAAAAUUUUAAUAGUUUAAUGUUUAAAAUGUCAAAAGACAGAAAAAAAUUAAUAAGUUUAAAAUCAAAAAAAAUUAUUAUUUAUGAUUUGGUUAAUAAAAGUUCAAAAUCUUAGUCCCAUAAUAUUAUCAUUAAUAAUCCAUAAUAAUCAAUAAUUUUAGAAAUUUAUAUGGAUGUAGAAAUGAUUUUAAUUCAAUAUAAUUGUUAAAUAUAAAUUUUGGACAUAUAGAAUCAGAGAAUGUAUGAUCUUUCAAAAAUGUAUCCUGGAAGAAACUUAAUUAUUUCUGAAGAUGGAAAAAUAUUAAUUAAUUGGAAGGCGAAUUGUUUGUAAUUAUAGCAUUUGUAGAAUUUAGAAAAAAUGAAAUUAAGAGAAGAUAUUGAAGAUGAUAUAAAAUCAUGUGAAUAUUUAGCUGAUGGAUAAACUUUAUUUAUACAAUAAUCGAAUAAGUCAUUAUUUUGGAAUAUUAACACCAAAACUAUUUUAAGUAAAUUAGAAUCUUUUGAAUCUUAUUGCUUUAAUCAUUAAAAGAAUAUUUUAGUAACAUUAUCUAAAUAAGUAUUAAAGAUUUGGAGUAUUAAAAUAAAAGAUUAAAUUUAAUUAUUAUAUCAAUCUACUAAAUUUAUUUUUAUUAAUAAAAUAUUAUUCUCUAAAGAUGGUAAUAAGUUAAUAUUAAUAAAUGGUAAAGGUAAAAUAAGAUGUUCAGAUAUAUAAAAAAUCUUUAAAAAAAAAAGAAAAAAUAAGAAUUCAAUAAACUUAUUUAUGAAUUCAAAUAGUUAAUAAAAUAUUGCUAUUUCAACUGAUUAAUAUGCUAUAUAAAAUAAAGGCAUAAUAACAAUUUGUAAAUAAGAUUCAAAAAAAAUGAUUGCUAGAUUAGGAUCACAUAAUUAAAUAAUCGAUUCUUUUGCUUAUUCUAAAGAUGGUCAAUAUCUUGUUUCAAGAAGUAGAGAUUAAAAAAUAAGCAUUUGGAAUAUGUAAACUUUUACUUUUAUAUGUUAAUUCUAGAAUUAAAUUAAUGAUAAAAUUGAAAAUCAUUGUUUAUGGUUUAAAAAUGAAAAUAAUUAAUAUAUUGUUACUAAUUUUGGUAAUCAAAUAUGUUCAUAUAAUAUUACUUAGUUUUUAGGGAAUAAUCCUGCUAAUUCCAAUUCUUCAGAUGCAAGUAAUGCAUCCUAAUAAAAUAAUUUUGCAAAAGAAUUUGUUGUUGAGCCAUAAAAAACUGAGCUUAUACAUGAAAAUAUUCCAAAUGAAUUUAAGUGCAGAAAUAUAAUAAUUUCUAAAGAUCAUAAUUUAAUGGCUGUUGCGUAUAGCAAUUCUAAUUAAGAUGAAUUUUAAAUGGAUUCAACAAUUAUUAUUAGUUAAACAUUAUAGAUGAAAGUAUUCAAUAGAAUAUCCAAUAGAGGUGGAUCAAAAUUAGCAUUUUGUUUUAAUAACAAAUUAUUAGCUACUAAUAAUUAUGAAGAUUAACAAUAUUAAAUAAUUAUUUGGAAUAUAGAAUCUUGCAAUCAUUACAAAUAGUUUAGAAUCAAAACUUAUAAAGAUAUAUUAAUUAGUAGUAUUGAAUUUUCUCCUUCAAAAAAUUAUAUACUAAUAUCUGAUAAGUAAUAUCAAUUUUAUUUAUCUAAAUUGAAAAAACAAAAAGCUAUUAAUGAGGGUAACUUUGGUUUGUAUUAAGACAUAUAAACAGAAGAUAAUCUAAUUAUUGAUCAUCCAUAAGAUAUGCCAAUUCUUCAUAGUUUUAGUAAAACAAAUACUAAUUGCAAAUUCUCAAAUAAUAAUGAUGAAUUAAUCUAUGUUUAAAGUAAUGAGCUUAAAUUUAUAAAUUUUAAAAAUAAACUUUAAAAAAAUAAUAGUUACACAUAUGAUGAAAGAGAUUAGUUUUAUUUUCAACAAAACUUGAUUAUACAUUCAUAUAAUUAAAGAUAACUUAUUGAAUUCAAUCUUGAAAAACAAGUUUUUAUAGAACUAUACUAAUUUAUCUUUGAAAGUAUAUCUUCAACUUUUUCCUAAUUGGGAAAAUAUCUUGCUUUUGUUUAGAAAGAGGAAAUUUCCAUUUGGAAAAUUGAUAACAAAAAGUAAAUUUAAGUAGCAGUUAAAUAACAAAUUAAUGAUUCUUUAAUUAAUCUUCUUAAAUUUUCAAAAGACGAUUAGUAUUUCAUUGCAUUUAUCAACAACAAAAUAUCAAUUUAUAGAAUUAUAGUAGAAUCAAAUGAAAGUAUUAAAAUUGAAUUAUUCUAAAUUAUAACUAGAGGUGAGAAAUUAAUUUCUCUUAAUUUUCAUCCAUCAGAACUUGAGUUCCUUGUUAUUACACAAGAUAGAGAGAUAUAUUUAUAUAAGAAAUAAGAAUAAUAAUAGUAAGAAUUUUAAAAUUUUUUAACAAUUACAAGAUAAAAAGAAUUAUAAUCUUAUAAAACAUCUACAAGUGAUUUUAAGAUUACUUCUAAAAUUAAAGAAUAAAAUUUACUUCGAUUGUUAAUCUAAAAAGGAGCGAAUUGA